AAACAAAGUUCUAACUGUAACAGUAGGUGUGGUAGCAAACUAGCUCUGCCAGAAUUCCCAGGAGUCUGUACUGUGGAUCUGAGACUAACAGAAGCUGAAGGAGUUUUAUUCCUGUUCGUUGCUUUAUAUCCAGCCUGAAUUGGAGAAUUACUCUGAAGAAUCAAGUGUUAGGAUAUUCUGUUCUCUCUAUGGACUCAUGAUGCAGCGUCAUUCAAUCCUCCUGGCACUCCAGCAGAAGAGAACACCAACACCAUCAUCACCUGUUAUGUCCAAAGUCUUCUUCUCUGAGCUUUAGUCAUGAAGGAUCGUUUAGAAGAGCUGCGUCUGCAGAUCAAAGCAAAUCAGCGAAAUCAUGAAGAUCACUCUUUCACCCAAAAUGAAGAGGAUGAGCCAGUGUCCUUCAUUGAUCACUGGCCACAAGCUGUGAUUUUUGAGACUGAGCCUGUGCUAGAGAACUUCCUGGAUGAGGCCAAACGUGUUCGUGACAGCCUUGGAGACCUGGAGGCUGAGGUUAAGAAGUUCAGUCAGCACCAAAGAAACUUUGUGGCCACCAUGCGGCGUCUCAGCGUCAUGAAAAAAGAGAGCAGCCUCACUCGGGACAUCAAGCUGCAGGCUGAGAACAUACGUAAGAAGCUUGAUGCCCUAUCAAAGCAGGCAAAGCUCACUGAGACUGAACUGGGGGCAUCAGCUGCCACAGCCAGGAUCCAGCAUGCUCAGCAUGAUGCACUCUUUCGGCGGUUCCAGGAGGUCAUGCGUCUGUACAAUGACUCGCUCCUAAGCAAACAAGACAAAUGCAAGCAGUUCAUCAUCAGGCAGCUGGAGAUCUCUGGCCGAGAGGUAUCAGAGGAAGAAGUAGAAAAUAUGGUCGAGCAGGGUAAGUGGGAUGUUUUCAAUGAGAACAUCUUGGUGGAUGUCAAGAUCACUCGCACACAGUUAUCUGAGAUAGAGCAGCGCCACAAAGAACUGAUCACCCUUGAGAGCAACAUGAAGGAUCUGAGAGAACUCUUUCUAGAUGUGUUCAUGCUUGUGGAAGAGCAAGGAGAUCAAAUUAACAAUAUCCAGGCCAAUUUAGAGAAGACUCAGGACUAUGUGAUGGCUUGUAAUGAGAAAUUUAAAAUGGCCGUCAGAUAUAGGAAGAAGAACCCUUUAAGAAGACUGUGUUGCUGCUGCUGCCCAUGGGUGUGAUGAAGGAUAUUUUAGAUAUAGAGAGAACCUGUGGAAUUUGUAAAUGCAUAGACAAUGUAUGUGUUAAAUGCAAAACCUCAUUAGCAAAUUGUAAGACAUUCUGUAAAAUUAAGACACUGGAGUCAUGAAGCCUAAGUAUGGAACUGAUAUGGAGCUAUUAAUAACACUAAAGUUUAUGUUUUAUAUAUAUAUAUAUUAUAUAUAUAUAUAUAUUAUUAUGGCCAACCCCAUUUUAUUUUGAGCUUUCAUUUAAAUGUGUGUGUGUGUGUGUGUGUGUGCGUGUGUGUGUAUGUGUGUGUGUGUGUUUGUGUGUGCUCACUUUUUAAAGCUGUUUCAGAACCAAAAAAUAUGACAUUGUCUUUUUUGAAUAAUUUCAUGAAGUAAAAACAAUGAUGAAUAAUCACUAACUGAUAUGACACAGAACAUGAACGUAUUAGAAAUAAAUUGUUUCAGGCACAGUGUUACACUCCAGGUUGGAUGCUACAAUGUUUUCCACACUGCCAGAGUGUUAAACCUGAUUGUUCUGCACGAUAACAGCAUUCAUUCUGUAAAUACAAAUCUAUAUUUAUCAACAGUAAAAUCUCCAUUAUUCAUUCGGAUGAAUGGAGUGAAAGUAUUAUGUCAGAUGACAGAUGGUGUAUUGAGGAAGAAAAUACUGAGAAAUAGGGAUCUGGGUGUGUCCCAUGAACUGCCUAACACUUAUCCAGAAUGACACUGCCCUGAAAAAGAAAAGGUAUAAUGAUGGUAUUAUCAUAUUUAUAGUGGAAAAUAUUUUAGAUUAAUUUUUAAAGCCUUAAUUAAUAGUUUUUUCAUUCAAUAGAUUUUUAAAAAUGAACAGGAUAGGAAUCUCUUGCAAUUAUGUGGACCUUAUGGGGUUUCUUUAUGUGAACUGUUGUUUAAUAAGCUAUUCUUUAGGUUCUUUGUUAUAGUCACAAUUGUUUGGCUAAAGUCCUGGACUGGGAAGUCCACAAUCUGCUGUAAUCUGCCACCUAUUGUUGUAGAUAUGAAGUACACAACAUGAUAUAUCAAAUCAUUUUACUAGCUCAGUUUUUAAUAUGAUAUAUUUUU